AUAUUCAAAAGGAUUCCUUCAGGUGGGCCUGAAGGAGGAGGACAGAGAUGCAUUUAGGUUUCUUUUCAACAUUAACAACCAUGAACAACACUUCAGAUUUGCCCGAAUUCCCUUUGGUGCAGAAGCCAGUCCGUUCAUGCUAGGAGCUACAAUAAACUACCACCUUGACCACCAACCCGAUACCCUAGAGACCACCGUUCAAGCGCUACGACAGAACACAUACGUGGAUAACCUCAUGCAGAUCUCAGACGACAUCGAAGAACUGAGCAAGUUCAAAGAAGAAGCAACCCACAUCUUUGAAUCGGCACAAUUCCCCAUUCAGAAAUGGGAAUCAAACGUACUGGAGUUAGACACUGAACCCAAUCCAAGCAAGAUACUUGGACACAUCUGGGACAAGCGUGAAGACUCGCUUGAGAUCAAGGUUGAUGCAAGUUCAACGGAGGGUAGUCCUGUGACAAAGCGUACUAUUCUAGGUAAACUCAGUGGCGUGUACGAUCCACUAGGGAUAAUGUCUCCACCCAUGGUAGAGGGGAAGCGUAUUUAUCGGGAAGCAAGUUCAACGGAGGGUAGUCCUGUGACAAAGCGUACUAUUCUAGGUAAACUCAGUGGCGUGUACGAUCCACUAGGGAUAAUGUCUCCACCCAUGGUAGAGGGGAAGCGUAUUUAUCGGGAAGCUUGUGACGAGAAUGUUGGCUGGAACGCGGAAGUCAGUGACGUAGUGAAGAAAGAUUGGGUACGGUGGACUAGCCAAUUGAGAAACGUGAGAGUACCAAGAAGCAUAGCAAAAGACAUACGCAAGAUUAAUAAAGUACAUCUACAUGUGUUCGCUGAUGCUAGUAAUGUUGCAUGUUCCGCCGCGACAAUAGCAGUGAUUGAACAUUCAAGCGGAGUGAUCAAGGGGCUACUGACGUCGAAGAGUAGAAUAUCGAAGCGCAACACCACAAUAGCGAGGUUGGAGUUGGUCAGUGGGCAUAUGGCCACAAAUAUGGUAAAGAACAUUCUUUCUGCCCUGAAGCUGUGGCCCAUUACAUCUGUUACUGUUUGGAUGGACAGUAUGGUGGCGCUGUACUGGAUCUGCAAUCCAGGGAAUUCAUGGAAAGUGUUUGUGAGCAACCGUGUGAGAAAGAUCGCAGAAAUCACUCACGAGACCGGAAUAAUCUGGAAACACUGUCCAACAGAUAAGAAUUUAGCAGAUCUCGGAAGUCGAGGAGCAAGCUUAGACAAGAUGGAAAGGGGAAACUGGUUCUCAGGACCAGACUGGUUACUUGACGAGAGAGAGUGGCCAACACAACCGAAGCUUGUGACAACAAAAACAGUAAGCGAAGAAUUCAAGCCUACAGUAGCAGAGGCACUGUUUACCGUGAAGCGAGAGCCGGACGAGUGGGAUGCCCUAUUUCAGAAGUGCUCCUACUGGAAGACCCUGCGAGUGACGGCAUGGGUUCGAAGGUUCAAGCACAAUGCCCUGGCCAAGAACCGAAAGACGAAGAAGAAGAGUGGUCCACUUACCACCGAAGAGAUCGCCAGCGCAGAGGAUUGUUGGGUCCGAAGAGUGCAAGUGGACGUUGAUUCCGAUCUUAAGACACCAGGAUGGAAACUAGCAAAAGACGAAGACAUAGGCAUCCUCAAGUGCAAGGGGAGGAUCCAUGGUUAUGAACCUGUCUUCAUCCCAAACGGACACUUUGCAGAGAAAUUAAUUCGUCAUGCUCAUCAGCAAGUCAAUCACCUUGGCGUCGCAAAUACGAUGUCUGCAGUCAGAGAAAAGUGAUGGAUACCUAGAUUGAGAUCGAAAGUGAAGAAAGUGAUCAACCGUUGCAAUCGAUGUAAAGUAUUUAGAGCCAAACCGUAUGGGGCGACAGCGACAGCAGAUUUACCUAGAUUUCGCACAGAAUGCGGCAGACCAUUCGAGACGACAGGGAUCGAUUUCGCGGGACCUUUGAGGUAAAAGUUAUCGAAGCGAGACGAAGGCAAAUGCUACAUUAUCAUCUUUACCUGUGCAACAACUGCGACCGAGAAGUACUCGAAAGGCGGCGGAGACAGCUCGUGAACGGAUACGUCUUACUGCUGAUGCUGAUUAGUGUUGAAAGACUAUGCAAAUAUAUUAACAUUGAGAAACAUUAGGCCCAAGAAAUCCCGGACAUUGUUGAGAUUGUUGCUAACAUUAUGCACGUAAAAUUAGUUAUGUUAUUAUAAUUUUAGGGGAGCGUGAGCGGAAGUUAGUAUUCCGAAAUAUUUAGCACAUAGUGGAAACACAUAGUGGAAACACAACAAAAACAAAGAGCAGGUUUUUCGAGACAAAGAGACAUUAUAUUUUAGUUUCUCUUUAUAUUUAUGAUUCUUUUUAUGAAAUAAAUAGUGAAAUAACCAAAAGUGAGAUUGGGAGUUAUUGUACCGACGAAGUUCCGUACACCAUCUCUUUUGACCUGACUUGAUUGUAUUUAACAAUUUGUUUUCUAUUUGUUAAAUAAUCUUGAAACCAUAGUUGUGUUAUUCCCCGUAUACCAUAGUGUGCUAUAUCUGAACCAGAAUCUUGUGAUUAAUGGUGUCAAAGGCUUUUGACAAGUCAAGGAAUAUACCUAUAGUGUAUUCUCCAUUGUCAAUGGCUUUAGUAAUUCUGUCAGUAAGUUCAAUGAUUGCAAGUUCAGUGGAUCUAUUCGCUCUAAAACCAUAUUGAUGUUUGGUUAGAAUUUUAUUUUUUUCUAUAAAUUUAAUUAAUCUCUUGAACAUGAGUUUUUCUAAUAAUUUUGAGAAACAGGUGAGAACAGAUAUGGGUCUAUAAUUUUAAAUUCAUUAUUUUCAUUUGCUUUGAAAAUUGGGGUAACUAGAGCCACUUUUAGGUUAUCAAGAAUAGUUCCACUGAGAAAAGUUAGGUUAAAUAUGUGUGAACUGAGUGGUUCGGAAAUUUCAUUAGAAAUGUUCUUGAUGACUUGUAGACUUAUACCAUCAUAUCCUGAACUCUGUUUAGAAUUUGAAUUUUUUAUCUCAGUUUCUACUUCAUAUUUAGUAAUCGCUUCAAGAAGAAAGCUAUUCUUAUAGCUGUUAUAGGUAGUAGGUAUUCAUUAAAGGUUCUUUUACUGUUCGGAAUAUUUCUGGCUAUUACAAAAUAAUCCAGCUGUUAUCGACUAAAAAAAUGCCGAAUUGUUCAAAUUGGUGAUAAAAGCGUGAAACUUUUACAGAUUACAAAUAUGCCUAUGGGGAAUAUUUCCUGAUAUAGGGCCAAGCCAAGUUGAGCCAUGGGGCCGUGAACUGCGCAUGUCAGGAAUCUGCCAGCAUGGAAACGAGGCCGAAACUUAAAACAGCCUAUGACAGAAGUGUAUAGACUUUUGUUGACAUCAAAAUUUUCCUUAAGAAUCCACUAUCAGUUAAUAUGUGUUGAUGGUACCUUUGGGGUGAUAUUGUAUUCAUUUGACCACUUUUUAAGUAUAUUCUCAUUGAGAUUUGGGUACCUGUGGUGAAAUUUUUAUUUUUCAUUUUACAAGCUAUUUUAACUAUUUUGAGGCCGCAAUUAUGUUACAAUGUAGUGUUGACAUUAAAAGUUUUUAGUUUAUCUAUCUCGGUCUAGUUGAAUUUGCAGAUCCUACAGUUUUGUCAAUAAACACUAUUUUAAUAUUUGCCUGAAAUAUAUUAAAAAUAUUGUUGGAAAGAAAUAAACACAACAAAAACUAUUAUACAUGUAAUAAUAGGUGUGACAAUUGUCGCAUUUUCAUGACUUUAUGAGUGGCUGAUUUUAUGAGUAGUUUAACAGUUUUUAGUUGCACUGGCCCCCAGUCCCCCAUCGUUUUCAAGAUGGCCGCCUUCAUAGAUACUUACAGCUGUUCAAGGUAUGUUAAAAAUGGUAUAAAAAUAACAAAUAAAUAUUGUUUUAAGGGAUUCUUGUGGAUAUAAUUGUUUCCUGUAUGUAAUUGGAAGCAUAUAUAUACAUAAUAUAAAUGUAAAUGUGAUUUAAGCCCAAAUUUCGUAUUUUAAAAUCAGUAAAUUAAGCCGAAUUACUAAGCUAACUUGAAGAUUUCAAUUAUAUUUUCAGUUGAACAUGGACUGGAAACUGUGUAUUAUAUGUCAGAGAUCCACUAAAGAAGCUCUUCAAUGCCCGGCAAGAUCUAAACGUAAAGAUGCUGGGGCUGGCUAUUUUUCGUUUAUUCGCAGUGCUUUAGGAUAUAAGGCUGAAUUAGGAAUAGAAGUGACCCAAAUUGACAUAGAAAGCCCGGGGAUAGAACAGACCUUGACGAUUCACAAUGCAUCUUGGCAUAAGUCAUGCAGAGAUCUAUAUAAUAAUACGAAGCUUGAACGUGCAAAGAAAAGAAAAUUAGCUAAAACUGACAAAGACGAAGAUAGACCCGAUGAAGAACCUUUCAGCUCAAGUCCUGUGAAGUCCAGGCGAUCAUCGAUUUUGACCGGUCCUGUGGUUGCUCAAAACCUUCAAUGUUUUUUCUGUGACAAGCAAGAUAGCCCUGAUAACUUACAUUGUGCUUCGACCUUAGAGGUAGACCGUAGAGUCCGAGACUGUGCCAGGCUUUUGAAUGAUAGUAGUCUAAUUGCUAAACUCUCUACUGGUGAUCUGAUUGCUAUUGAGGCAAAAUAUCACGCCAAUUGUUUGGCAAGCCUUUACAACAAGACAAGGCCGAUAAGGAAAGAAAGCUCAAAAUCUAGUGAUGAGUUACCCGUAGACGUUGAAGAACUUGCGUUCGCCGAACUAAUAGCAUACAUCGAGGACAUCCUGGAAGUAGAAACAGCUGUGCUUACAUUAUCAGAGUUAGUCCGAUUCUAUCAAUAUAAGCUCAAGGAACCAGAGGCAGACUGUGGAAAAGUGAACUCCACACGAUUGAAAGAAAGAGUGCUAAAGGCAUUUCCUGAUCUAACUGCACACGCGGAAGGUCGUGAAACCAAUUUGGUAUCGAGGCAUGUAAUAGGAGGUAUUCUGACAGAAGUGAAAAACAAGGAUUCAGAUGCAUGUUGCCUUGCGAGGGCCGCACAUAUCGUGAGGAAGGACAUACUUAAUGUGAAGAACUCAUUUAAUGGAACAUUUCAAGAAGAAUGUCAGAAGCACUCUAUCCCAGCUUCUUUGCUUACGUUAAUUGGCAUGCUGAUAAAAGGUCCCUCUACAAAGUCUGACCCAUCAGAUAGCCAGUCAUGUAUUUCCAUCGCCCAGUUAAUUGUGUUUAACAGUGUCUCGAGGUCUCGUAAUCGGCCAGAUGCCACUGCCAGUAUGCACCAUAUCAGAUCACGAGAGUGCCCAUUACCUAUUUAUAUAGCCUUGAAAAUACACGGAUGUACAAGAGACCGGUCUCUCAUCGAUGCCUUUUACAGUCUUAGCAUGUGUAUAUCAUAUGAUCGCCUGCUCACCGUAUCUACAGAAACAGUCACCAACAGUGUGCUUGAUAGGUAAAAACACCAUUUUAAAAAUCUUAUUCUUUUCUGUAUUGUUUCUAUAUCUUCUUGGAUCACCAAAGUCCAGCAUUAUGCUGACAUUAUAGACUGUAUCGUGCACAAACAGAUAUUAUAUCUUUUUAUCUAUUCAAUCCAAAUGUACCCAAAUUGAAUUAACUAAUGUUUUUAUUAUAACAUCAGAAAUUAUCGAUGUCUCAGCUAAGGCCCGGUUUCCAUUUGGUCGGUAGCUGUUGCUGGCACGACAAGUGACUGAUUUAAUACAAUAUCAACAUAUAUCUGCAAUCAUUAAAGUCUGAUUUUCACACAAGAUACAAAAGACAAGAUAAAUUUAGACUAUAUCACUUGUACCACUUGUUAUGCCCCCAACAGCUAAGGACCAGGGGCCGAUUGUAUAAAAAGUAGUUAAAGUUAACUACAGUUAGGGCGACAGUUGACCAAUUAGAAUCGAGUAUUUGAGAGUUAACCAUAUUUAACUACAAAUUUUUUAUUUUUUUUGUAUUAUAAUCAUUGGUUACUAUUGUUCUUAAUUGUAGGUAUGAGCGUGAAGGAGUAGUAUGUCCAUCCCAGUUAAGAAAAGGGUUAUUCACCACAUCUGCUGUGGCCAAAAUUGACCACAACACCAGUUCGACCACCUCACAGACAUCGUUCCACGGGACGGCCAUUUCCCUUGUCCAACACCCCACCACUAACAACCAAGGAACCCCAAGAGCUACGGACACGUUUGACCCCACUGCGUCAACUACCACCAAGACAAUAGCUCAUCUCCCAUCCAGUUACACUGAAAUAGCUCCUAUGACACAGCCCAACGGUGACUUGUAUGCUCCACGUGUUCCAGAUCAGUCCCUGGCACCUCCCGCCCCUCCUGACUCUAGCCUGAUAGACGAAGAGAAUGAUUGGCUAACAAGUACCCAGCAGCUCAUCUCCAAGGACAAGCUUGACCCCAAAGAUUUUGUGUCAUGGGCUGCGUACAAAGCUUCGUGGUCUGCGCUCUCACAUUAUCAGCCAGCGAUCAUUACCCUAUUGCCGAUGUUCCUUGAUAAUGCACAUUCUAUGGCUAUGAUAGCACAUAGUAUGCGAGUUAUUAAGGUUGCUGUGGAACAUGUUAGCCCUUCGCAAUUAAGCUCCAGUAAUCGCUCUCGAUCAGCCCUUGUUUGCCUUAGCCAAGCAGAUACAGUGGAAAAUUCCUGA